CAAGAUAGCUAGGAAAAGACGUAGUUUCAUUUACAAGAACCGCAACUAUCUGACAGACAAGGGCAUCGUUUAAAUUUACAAUUAUUUUAUACAUAUUUAUGCAGGUUACGUUCGAACGUCCAAAUGAAUGAGUCAAAGAAGAAACAAAAAGUGUGCGUAGUAGGCGCCGGCGCAGCGGGUCUCUGCGCAGCCAGGCACCUGGCGCGAAAUUUGAACUUCGAAAUGAAGGUGUACGAACAGACGAACGAUGUCGGUGGUACGUGGGUGUACAAAAAAGUAACUGAAGUCGAUGAAAACGGUUUGCCCGUUCACUCGAGCAUGUAUCGGGACCUCAGAACUAAUUUACCAGCGAAGAUAAUGAAUUUCCCGGACUACGUAAAAAUGAACGCCGAGGAACCUUGUUGCGUAACGCACCAAGAAGUCCGAACUUACUUAGAAAAUUAUGCGAAGAAUUUUGAUUUGCUCAAACACAUUCAGUUUGGUACCAGGGUAGAGUCCGUUCAUUUAAAGGUUUCAUCCGAAGGUAAAGACACGUGGGUUGUACGAGUAAGGAAUAUAAAAACGAAGGAAAUCGAAGAAAUUGUUUUCGACGCCAUAAUGAUAUGCAACGGACAUUAUUUCGACCCGUUUAUGCCGCCCGUACCUGGCAUCGACACUUCUCCAGGAGCCGUCGUACACAGCCACUCUUACAGAAAGCCGGAAGAUUUUUCCGGAAAGACCGUGCUAAUUUUAGGCGCCGGUGCUUCCGGAACCGACAUAGCACUCGAUUUGACAAAUCACGCAACUCGGAUAUACCUCAGUCACAAUAACGACAGGUUGACAAGCGUUCUACCUUCAAACAUGAUCGAAGUGACAGGAGUCGAAAGGAUAGAAGGCGAGAAAAUCUUCUUGAAAGAUCAAACCUCCGUCACAGCAGACGUCUUCAUGUUCUGCACCGGAUACCGCUACAAUUUCCCAUUCCUGAACGAAAGCUGCGGCAUAAAAGUGGACGGCAAUUACGUGACUCCGCUGUAUAAACAUUUAAUCAAUAUCGAUCAUCCGACGAUGUGUAUAGUUGGAAUACCGACCAUUGUUGUUCCAUUUCCCAUGUUUCACGCGCAAGUGCAAUACUUCCUCGCGGUGUUGGAAAACGGGGCAAGUUUACCGGCUAGGUCGAUCAUGCUGGAGGACUCGAAGUUGAAGACCGCGAAAAAAAGCCAUGCGCACAGAUUAAUGGACACACAAUGGGAGUACAACGAUUCGCUGGCGGAUGCAGCUGGCUUUGAUCGACUGCCAAAGUUUUACAAAAUCGGUUACAGGAUGUGGUCGAGCCAGAGGAAGGUGAACCUGGUGAACUACAAGCGGUCCAGGUUCGUGAUAUCCGAAGAUGGGGAGGCGGUUGAAUUCGCGAUACCAAAGUAAAUGUUGAUUCGCAAGAUAGGAUACAAGAGGUGGUCAGAGAAAGGUGAACUAUUUACAAGCGGUUCAGAUAUCUGAAGAUGUGUAGACAGUUGAAUUUGAUACUAAAAUAAAAAUUGAUUCGCAAGAUCGGAUACAAGAGGUGGUCAGAGAAAGGUGAACUAUUUACAAGCGGUUCAGAUAUCUGAAGAUGUGUAGACAGUUGAAUUUGAUACUAAAAUAAAAAUUGAUUCGCAAGAUCGGAUACAAGAGGUGGUCAGAGAAAGGUGAACUAUUUACAAGCGGUUCAGAUAUCUGAAGAUGUGUAGACAGUUGAAUUUGAUACUAAAAUAAAAAUUGAUUCGCAAGAUCGGAUACAAGAGGUGGUCAGAGAAAGGUGAACUAUUUACAAGCGGUUCAGAUAUCUGAAGAUGUGUAGACAGUUGAAUUUGAUACUAAAAUAAAAAUUGAUUCGCAAGAUCGGAUACAAGAGGUGGUCAGAGAAAGGUGAACUAUUUACAAGCGGUUCAGAUAUCUGAAGAUGUGUAGACAGUUGAAUUUGAUACUAAAAUAAAAAUUGAUUCGCAAGAUCGGAUACAAGAGGUGGUCAGAGAAAGGUGAACUAUUUACAAGCGGUUCAGAUAUCUGAAGAUGGGUAGACAGUUGAAUUUGAUACUAAAAUAAAAAUUGAUUCGCAAGAUCGGAUACAAGAGGUGGUCAGAGAAAGGUGAACUAUUUACAAGCGGUUCAGAUAUCUGAAGAUGGGUAGACAGUUGAAUUUGAUACUAAAAUAAAAAUUGAUUCGCAAGAUCGGAUACAAGAGGUGGUCAGAGGAAGGUGAACUACAAGCGGUUCAGAUAUCUGAAGAUGUGUAGACAGUUGAAUUUGAUACUAAAAUAAAAGUUGAUUCGCAAAAUUGGUUACAAGGGUUGGAAUCAGAGGAAGGAAACUACAAGUGGUCCAGAUAUCUGAAGAUGGGUAGACAGUUGAAUUUGAUACCAAAAUAAAAGUUGAUUCGCAAAAUUGAUUACAAGUGGUGGAGUCAGAGGAAGGAAACUACAAGCGGUUCAGAUAUUUGAAGAUGUGUAGACAGUUGAAUUUGAUACCAAAAUAAAAGUUGAUUCGCAAAAUUGAUUACAAGUGGUGGAGUCAGAGGAAGGAAACUACAAGCGGUUCAGAUAUUUGAAGAUGUGUAGACAGUUGAAUUUGAUACCAAAAUAAAAGUUGAUUCGCAAAAUUGAUUACAAGUGGUGGAGUCAGAGGAAGGAAACUACAAGCGGUUCAGAUAUUUGAAGAUGUGUAGACAGUUGAAUUUGAUACCAAAAUAAAAGUUGAUUCGCAAAAUUGAUUACAAGUGGUGGAGUCAGAGGAAGGAAACUACAAGCAGUCCUCAUAUCCGAAGAUGGGCAGACAGUUGAAUUCGUGAUACCAAAGUAAAAGUUGAUUCGCAAAAUCGAUUACAAGAGCCAGAGGAAGGUGAACCUGGUAAACUACAAGUGGUCCAAAGUGAACCUGGCAAACUACAAGCGAAGAUGGGCAGACAGUUGAAUUCAUAAUACCAAAGUAAAAGUUGAUUCGCAAAAUCGGUUACAAGAGUCAGAGGAAGGUGAGCCUGGUAAACUACAAGUGGUCCAAAGUGAACCUGGCAAACUACAUGCGAAGAUGGGUAGGGAAGAUGGGUAGUUCAAUUUGAUACAAAAAUAAAAGCUUCCCAACUAGUUACCAGCGAAAUAAAAUUUUUAUUGGUACAUUUCAA